GAGAAUAGUCGAAGAAUAUAUAGGUUCUUGUCGCUUGAUUUUCUCUGUACUCCUCGUUCCGCCUCGCAAGCCAUCAGGAACAUUCUCUAAUGAAUCCCUCGCUCUCAAUCUUCCUCCUCCUCGGAAUCACGGCCUUCUCUUCCCUUGUUUCCUCGUCUGGCGACCAAGAUGUCCUACAGACCCCAUGGCCGCUCAUCGCCGACGGAGAUCCAGAGAAUUUGUGGCUCCUGUGUCAAAGCUGGCGGUUCGCCGUUGAAGCGAACAACCUGGCGCCAUGGCGGAUGGUUCCGCUGGCAUGCGGAGGAUAUAUACGAGAGUACAUGACGGGCCAGGCCUACGGAAUUGAUCUGGAGGUCACAGCACUGGAGGCCUCAACCUUCGCUCGUUCGGUGCCGCUCGCCCACGAUGGGAAGGACGCCUGGGUUUUUGAUGUGGACGAGACGAUGCUUUCCAAUCUGCCGUACUAUGCCGAACAUGGCUACGGAUUAGAGCUUUUUAAUGGGCAAGAGUUCGAUAAAUGGGUGGAGAAAGCAGCAGCCCCUGCUAUAAAGUCCAGCUUGAAGCUGUACAAGGAAGUGCUGGACCUGGGCUUCAAGGUUUUCUUGUUGACUGGUAGGAGUGAAGCGCAAAGGGCCAUUACUGUCGAUAAUCUGAAAUGUGUUGGUUUUCGAGAUUGGGAGAAGCUUAUUUUAAGAGGAACAGGAGACCAAAGAAAAUCGGCCAAGUUGUACAAGUCCGAGAAGAGGUCGGAGAUAGUCUCAGAAGGCUACAGAAUUCACGGAAAUUCUGGCGAUCAGUGGAGUGAUUUGCUGGGCUCAGAUGCAGGAAACCGCUCAUUCAAGCUUCCAAACCCAAUGUACUAUAUUCCCUGAUAAGCAUUCUCUUACUAAUAAAAUCCAUUUCAGAUGCAUAACUAGUCAAAUAAUUUCAAGUGUAUGAUAAAUUCAUCUGCACAGUUAGCAAAAAAUGGUAAUAAUCCAUUUGGACAA